UACCUGCUCUCCCCUGAUUCCUCUCCCAUUCAGCUAAACUCACCUGACGGACCGGAGGCUCCACUGCAGAAAGAAGACAAACAACCCACAGGCUUACGUCACUGCAAGGCCCGAACAAAUCAACCAUGGUGUCUGCCGGGUUUCAAAUUCUAGGCUCGGCCCUGGGGCUCAUAGGCUGGAUCGGUGCCAUCGUUGUGUGUGCUCUCCCCAUGUGGAAGGUGACCGCUUUCAUUGGCAGCAACAUCGUCACUUCGCAGACCAGCUGGGAAGGUAUUUGGAUGAGCUGUGUGCACCAGAGCACAGGACAGAUGCAGUGUAAGGUGUACGACUCCAUGCUGGCCCUCAGCUCCGACCUCCAGGCUGCCAGGGCCCUGACCAUCCUCGCCAUCGUGGUGGGAGUCUUGGCCAUCCUGCUCUCUGUCGCCGGGGGGCAGUGCACCAACUGUGUGGCUGAUCCGACAUCCAAGGUCAAGGUGGGCAUUGCCGCUGGGGUCAUGUUCAUUGUAGCUGGGGUCCUCUGCCUCAUCCCUGUGUGCUGGACGGCCCACACCAUCAUCCAAAACUUCUACAACCCGCUAAUGAUCAGCGCCCAGAAGAGAGACAUCAUCACGUGCGCCCUGCCCAUGUGGAGAGUCACUGCAUUCGUCGGUGCCAACAUCGUCACGGCUCAGGUGAUCUGGGAAGGCCUGUGGAUGACCUGCGUGGUGCAGAGCACGGGCCAGAUGCAGUGUAAGGUGUACGACUCCAUGCUGGCCCUGCCGCAAGACCUGCAGGCUGCCAGGGCCAUGGUGAUCAUCUCCGUGAUGGUCGGCGUUUUCGGUGUCCUCAUGUCCGUGGUUGGAGGGAAGUGCACAAACUGCAUGGAGAACGAGGUGGCCAAAGCCAAAGCCUGCAUUGUGUCAGGUGUGGUCUUCAUCAUAGCAGCCAUGCUGGUCAUGAUCCCGGUGUCGUGGUCAGCUCACGCAGUGAUCAGGGACUUUUAUAACCCGCUGGUGAUCGCGGCUCAGAGGAGGGAGCUCGGAGCCGGCCUUUAUAUCGGCUGGGGCUCUGCUGGGCUGCUGCUGCUGGGGGGGGGCCUGCUGUGCAACAACUGCCCUCCAAGAGAUGAGAGACCCUACAUACCUGCCAAGUUCGCCCCUGCAAGAACCGUAGCUUCCAACGUGGACUAUGUGGUGCACUUCCCGCCAACCACGGAGAGCAGGAUGCCAAACAGCGAGAAGAGGAUGGCGAUGACCACCAUGGCCCGGGCAGCCUGGAGCCAAUCAGGGAACAGCAUGGACACCAGGUAUAAAAGCUGCAGGAGGGGAGCCACCAUUUGUAUUUCAUUGCUCGGCUGCCAUACUGCUUCUUUACAACUUGACACUAACAUGGCAGCUGCAGGUCUUGAGAUCCUUGGCGUGUUCCUGGCGACCAUUGGGUUUCUGGGAACCAUCGUCAUCUGCGCCCUGCCGAUGUGGAAGGUGUCGGCCUUCAUCGGGAACAACAUCGUGACCGCGCAGGUCUUCUGGGAGGGCCUCUGGAUGAACUGUGUGAAGCAGAGCACCGGCCAGAUGCAGUGCAAGGUCUACGACUCCAUGCUGGCCCUGCCCCGAGACCUGCAGGCCGCCCGGGCCCUGAUCGUCAUCUCCAUCCUGAUCUCCCUCAUGGGACUCCUGCUCUCCAUCGCAGGCGGAAAGUGCACCAACUGCCUAGAGGACGAGAUUGCCAAGAGCAGGGUGGCCAUCACUGCGGGGGUGUUCUUCAUCGUCGGCGGUGCCCUGUGCCUGAUCCCUGUGUCGUGGUCUGCCAACGAGGUCAUCAGGAACUUCUACAACCCCAUUAUGAAUGACGCGCAGAGGAGGGAGCUGGGAGCGUCGCUGUUCAUCGGCUGGGGAUCUGCUGGACUCCUUCUCAUUGGGGGGGCACUUCUGUGCUGUCAGUGUCCAAAGCGCAAGGACGACAGAUACUCUGCGAAAUACUCAGCCCCGCGCUCAGCAGCUAGUGGAGGAGCCUACGUUUGA